ACCCCUAACCAUCCCACAGAGCGAUGCGCGGCAUCCCUGCGCGGACACGGAGGCGCGUCUUCGAGCGGAGAGGACCUGGACCCGUUCUCCCCCCGGACCCGUUCUCCUCCGCCCGUUGCCUCCCGGCGCUCAGUAGAGGCGGAGCUUCUGGAUCGUUCUGAGGGAUCGGACACCUGUCAAGUUCUGGACGGGUUCUAUACACUCACCAACGCGCGCGAAAGGCUCCGGAGCGCGCGCGCGCACGUGGCUCAGCUCGGAACUUUACCUGCGGAGGUUCCCUCAAAGGACCCCCCCCAAAAGCUGGAUCAACAGCGGGAAGCCACGCCCAGCAGCGCCCCUCCCGGAUUCCGUGUUGGUUCUGAAGUUCCUUACUGCGCGCGCGUUUCACGCUGCCGUCAGGAUGUGUGCAGCACGUGACCCUCUGCUGCUGCUCCUUCUGACCCUUCUGGCUCUUCAAGCGCGCGUGUGCGGCGGCGCAUGCGUGGAGGUGGACUCGGACACGGAGGCCGUGGUCGGCGACGGCUUCCAGCUGGGCUGCAUCUACUGCAAGAUGAGGGGGGAGGUGCGCGCCAAGGCCAGCGUGGACUGGUACUACCGGUCUUCAGACGAGCGGGAGAAGGGGGACGUCCAGAUCUACAGAUACCAGAACCAGCGCGGCGAGAUCAUGGACCCGCGGUUUGAGGACCGGCUGGCCUGGAACGGCAGCAAAGGCACCGACGACCUGCAGGACGGCUCCAUCUACAUCCUGAACGUGACCUACAACGACACGGGGACGUACACGUGCAACUUCACGCGCACGCUCACCUACAACUACUACGAGGUCCAAGCCAACAACACCAAGACGGUCCAGCUGAACGUGGUGCCGCGGCUCACCAGAGGAAUGGCCUCCAUCCUGUCCGAGGUGAUGAUGUACGUCUCCAUCGUCGGGCUGCAGUUCUGGCUGUUGGUGGAGAUGAUUUACUGCUACAGGAAGAUCGCGGCGGCCGGAGAGGAAGCUCUGCGGGAGAGCGAAGCCGAGUAUUUAGCCAUCGCCUCUGAGAGUAAAGACAACUGCGCCGCCAGUGUUCCGGUGGCAGAAUAGCAGCGGUAAAGAAACCAAAUCCACAGAGCUUCCUCCAAAGGUUCUUCCAGUCCUCCUCCUCUUCCUCCAUGCAAACAGAUCCAGGAGGAGCAUUUCUACCAAAAGCCUUUUAGUGACUCUGGUGUGACUCUGGAUUCAGGAGGAAGCUGCUCUGUGAGCUGAAUGAAACUGAUUCCAGGUUUAUGAUGCUGAAUGCAUGCUGACCGCCAUAAACCCCAAAGCCUCUCCUCACGCCGAAGCGGUUUUCAUCCUGAGCUACAGCCGGACCGAUGUGGAAUCCAGGUUUGGUAAACGUGCAUGAAGACGCUUUCAGGUCCUGACGAACCUCUGCAGGUUCUGUAUGCUGAGCAUGCAGCAAGCUCCGCCCACAUCUGCAUUUAAACCAGCGCCUUACUGACCGCAUGGCUUUGCAAUCCCACAACCCGACGGCAGAAGAGGAGGGGGCACCGAUGAAGGUUUAGGAUGAAGAACUCGAGGACAGGAACCGCAAAGACAAUCCAGACUCUCAUCCACAGAAUUCCUCUGAAAACCUGCCUUCUUCAUCUCAUCCUCAUCCUCCUCCCUGUGUCUCGGUGUUCCAGCCCAGCCCGUCUGACAGAACCGGGCCUGAUCUUCAGAAUGCAGCAGGAGCAAACAAAUGCUGUGGUUUCCCUCCAAACGUGCAGACGUUGCCUGACAAUAAAAAAACUAACCUGGAA